AUGAGUACUCAGCUGUCUGACCGUCCAGCUGUCAUUGUCCAUGUCCACAACAGAUAUUACUGCUGUAAGAAAAAUGAUUCUGAGGUGGACGUGGCCUCCAUGGCAGGACCGGAUCCUCUCGCUCACUUUCCAUGCAACGCCUGCAACGCCCUCGCCAUGGACGGCACUGCCAUCACCCCCGUCUCUCUGGAUCAGCUGGAUUCGGGUUCUCACCACUGCCCCAGCUGUUCACCGUACACCCUGCGCUCGGGACUCACAGACGACAUGCGUAACGGAGGGGAGCGUCUCGGCUUCCAUACUUACUACGAGAACCCGUCUGUAUCUCUUCCCCUGUCGGUUCACCCUCAGAGCUCCUCCCCUCUGAGCUACUGCAGUCCCUCGGACACGUUUCCUCCCCCGCCGCGCUCCUACAGCACUGACGUCUGA